AAGGUCUUGCUUCCGUUUCGUCAGUUCGCAUUGCCUCACUUCCUGCUUAGCAAAACCUCUUUGGUAGCGUUUCUUACAUUUUUUUAUAGCAAUACAGUUUAUGUAUUGUGAUUAUAACCGGGCAGAAUCAUGAAUACAGUUUUAUCGAGGGCGAACUCGCUCUUCGCCUUUUCGCUCAGUGUAAUGGCAGCGCUCACAUUCGGAUGCUUCAUUACCACAGCGUUCAAAGACAGAAGUGUUCCGGUGGAUAUACACGUAUCCAAAGUAAUGAUUAAAAAUGUGGAUGACUUCACAGGACCACGAGAGAGGAGUGACUUGGGCUUUGUAACAUUUGAUGUUACUGCUGAUCUUCAACCAAUAUUUGACUGGAAUGUCAAGGAGCUUUUUCUUUACCUGUCUGCUGAAUAUACAACAAAAAGCAAUGCACUGAACCAGGUGGUGCUAUGGGACAGAAUUGUAUUGAGAGGUGACAAUACCAAACUAAACCUGAGGGAUAUUAAAUCCAAAUACUUCUUUUUUGAUGACGGGAACGGUCUAAGGGCAAAUAAGAACAUCACUCUGUCUCUCUCAUGGAAUGUGGUGCCAAAUGCCGGAAUCUUGCCACUGGUCAUGGGAUCAGGACACAAGUCUAUCCCCUUCCCUGACUCAUAUGAAACCGCAAAGACCUACUGAACUGUUCAAGUUCAUCCCAAACCAUGUUUGUAAAUGUUGUGUUGUGUAUGGGUUUUAAUAAAAGCUGGAAAAUUGUUUAAAGGAGUAAAUUCUUACUGAAUUAUUUUCACCAAACUAAUAUUUUGGAAGUCAGAAUCAUAUGCUGUUACUUUUUUUUUCAAAUUAAGUUAAAGACAUGAUUACCCCAUAACUGUUUCAGUGUAAAACUGUUUUGGACAGUGAGAGAAUUCAUGUCUGAUUAUAAUAAAAUUUUAUUGUAAAUUUCUUGUUUUUAUAAAUUCAAAAUGUGAAUUUCAAUUGAGGUAUGUUUGUUGGAAAGUUGUUGACAAUAAAAAAAAAACAAGUGUAAUACUGUGGCCCUUCAUAGCUGAAUUUAACAUAACUUUAUUAUCUAAAUAAAAAGCAGUUUUUUAAGUUUA